AUGGUUCCGUUCCUGAGUUCUUUCGCUAUACAUACGGACGGCAUCGCGUCAUUUCGUGCAGAUACACAAGACGAUUAUGCCUGCGCGAAGACAGGUCGUCUAUGGGAAGACCUCCUGGAAAAAUAUCCAAAUGUUCCCUUCCUCCUCUUACGAGUAGCAGACAUGCGUUUUUCGCUCGACAGGAAACUGACCUCACUGCAUUUGUACCUUAAGCUCCAAAGCCACCUCGGUGAUGCGGGCUACGGUGCACGGCUCAAGCAGUUCCAUGCCUCGUUAAUCAACGAGAUGAAGGAGAAUCUCCGCCACUACAUGAAUAACAGUCAUCUUUUCACACCAAGCCAGCGGUGGCGCAAGGGUACAUCGGAAGACCCGUUCCCCUAUUGUCGGCUGCAACGAUCCCGGAUUGAAUUCUUGCAGACGACAUGGACGCUCUUAGGUGAUAACUCCCAGGAAGUGAUGUCGCGAUACCUCAACUACCACUGCAUCGAGUCGAAUGCACUUGAGGGCACGGUUGAGUUUCAUCCGUCCGCGACAACCAGGUUGGUUCAACUUGGGUUCUACAAUGAGAUAGAGACAAUAGGGAAUGAGGACAUCAAGAGCGGGGCUGUCCGUGAUCGGGCCGAAGCUCUCUUCAUUCUCCAGGACACCCGCAAGGCAUUCGAUCUGGUGUUCAGCAUGAUUAAUGAUCCAAACUUCCAGCUUACUGUGGAGACCAUCUGUCGUCUACACAAGAACCUGAUGCAUUCUAGUCGCGUCCUCAGGAUUCAAGAAGGCGGGGAGAGUCGGUUGACAUAUCUAGACAUUGGAGUCACCCGCCAGGAAACCUGUGUCAACGUUUUGAUACGAAGGAUUAGGUCGCCGGGUGAAGAUCCACUUGUGGUUCAGUUCUGCCCCUACUACGAAGUCAACCAAGAGCUGAACGGUUUCUGCGCGCGUUUCAACGAAUUGUUGCGUCUCCCAGACAUGGAUCCAUUUGCUGCAGCAUCAUGGAUCAGCCAUGUUUUCAUUAGUAUCCAUCCCUUCGAGGAUGGCAAUGGGAGAUUAUCUCGUAUUCUAGCUUGCAUCCCGCUCCUCAAAGCAAGACUUCCUCCCAUCUGCAUUCCAGUGGCACUCAAGACAGCGUAUUUCGACGAUCUCAAUCACGUGCGAGCAAACCAUGACGGAGAUUACUCCCGACUCAUGCGGUCUUUGUACGUAUCGACUCUCACCGCUGUCAAUGCAUUGGAGUUGUUCUCUCGCCCCGCUGCGAGCGUUUAAGGCUCGUGUGGAUGGUUGAGCACUUAUUCAGCGACUCGGAUGGAAAGUCAUUUGCUCGAGGCCGGAUCAGCUCAAGCGCUGGCAUAAUGUGUACUACGUUAGGACAUCCCAUACCGUUAUGCUGGUAUUCAGACGAGAAU